GAUUGUUCUUGCAAUUGAACGUUAACCCCGCGACGACAUUCGUUUCUGCAAUUAUUUAUAAAUCGACAACCGUUUUCGAACACUCAUUCAAGAUGCAUCUUAUGUACACUCUCGGCGAGGAUGGCAAGCGGAUCUACACCUUGAAGAAGGUCCUUGAUGGUCGCACCACCAAGUCGGCCCACCCUGCCAGAUUCUCUCCCGAUGACAAGUACUCCAGACACCGUGUUACCCUCAAGAAGAGAUACGGUCUGCUUCUCACCCAGCAGCCUGAGAAGGAGGCUGCUCAGUUGUAAUAAGCGAGACGAUGAGGCAGUAGUCGCUUGAUAUACACACAGUGCUUUUGAAUCAUUUAUUGGCGAAUGGUGUUAUCAAUGGUCUUUGAAUGGAUGAUGAAACCCUUUUUUCUAUCUUUCCAGUUUGUGCGGUGCCCGAUUAUCUCACAGGUGGGAAAAGUGAUAUCAUUUUUGCUACCCAUUUAUUGGUGAUUUAGCUCGGUCCUAAUCUAUCAUCUACUAAUGGAAAGGCACUGGUUCCA